UUCUAGCCGCCGUAUGGGAUUGAGAUCGCCGGCCGGGGAAGGUUUGGUGAACUUGUGAGUGAAAAGGGCGUGAUAUUCCGGAAUGCUGUGACCAAUAAUAGAAGGGCCACGUCUCCCAAAGCCCGACUACGGCUUGCCAUCAUUUUCGCACUCCCAGAAUAGAUUUGUGCGUCGGCAAAGACACAGGAAACACCGCAAAGCCAAGAAACAUUUUAGGUAAACAUUAUCUGAAAAUGGCAGUGAACAAGAAAUAUAUGGACUUGUACCUCACUGAGGUAUACAAGAAGUUCAUAGCUAUAAAGGAUGAGGAUUACAGAAAGUCGCAGGAUAUCUUUAAGAAGGUGUUCGACCAGGUCAAACAGAAAAUGGGCGAAAAUUGCAACUACUUCAGCAAGUACAGUAAUCAGGUCCUAUACGGCGGGAGUGUAUCCGACGGCAUAAAGGUGUCAAAACUGGACGAAUUCGACAUGGACAUCGUGAUCCGCCUCCCCAUCAACUACGAGCAAUGCGACGACGGGAUCUGCCUCGAAACGGAUAUUCCCGGCUAUGUCAGAAUGAAGAUCACAAAUGCCUUCGACCAUUUGGAUAAACAGCCAGAUUGGGAGAAGUGUCAUAAAGUCACUAGAAAGUGGAGGGACAACGACAAAUACUUCCUCCAGAACAAGUUCCGCGCUUGGAUGCACGGCAUCGUGCAGCGCGCCGUCAACGACAUGAAGGGGGAGGUCCGGGUAAACGGGGACCUGUAUCUGCUCAGCUAUAAAUCAUCUGGCCCUGCAUUCACUUUGAAUGUGAGAAAUGGUCCUGAUGUUGCGCCGUUCAAGUUGGAUGUGGAUCUGGUGCCGGUUAUACGGUUUUCGGUUCCACGAUGGCCUGAAGGAUACAGACAAAUGGAGGGCAGCCAGAGUCGCGACUGGCUGGUGGUGCCAAAACCCAACAAGGGCCUCGAGGACACGCAGCAGAACCGCUGCUGGCGGCUCUCCUUCCAGGACUUCGAGCGAGACAUGAUGAAGGACUGCCAGCAGCUGAAGAGCACCAUACGAUUGGUAAAAAAGCUACGCGACGCACUCGGCCUUAAAUACAUCGCCAGCUACUACAUCAAAACCCUCUUCCUCUGGAAGAUCACGCAAGAAAACGACCGCAAAUACUGGCAGAACAAAAUCUCCUUCCUCUUCCAAACCAUGCUCGAAGAGCUACACAACGCCUUAGAGAAAAAAGAAAUCAAAUACUACUGGAAUCAAGAGCUCAAUCUCAUAGAGGGUUUAAGGCCAUCUUUGCAAAAACUCUACGCUGAAAAGUUACUAGAAGUCAUCAAUUCAUUAAAGGCGGGCGCUAUUGAAAAAGUUGUAGCCGCUCUGCUUAACGCCGAGGAACUCGCGGAAUAUAAGGAAUCAGAAUUCUAUGAACAACAUUUGGCCGUGCUUAAUAAUGCUACACUCAAACACCAGAGUUCAGUGAAAUCUAUAAGUAGUAAUUGCAGUAAUGGGAGUCAGGACCAGGAUGAUGUUACUGACGCAAAAACUCUAAUUGACGCGAUCGGUUUGAAAACACUUGUAUCAAAGAUGGAUAAGUUGUCAGAAAAGUUUGAUAAAAUGAGUGUGUGUUUGUUGGAUAAAGUAGACGCGUUGUCGGAUAAAGUGGAUGCUUUGGCAGAUAAGGUGGCGCUGCAGGAGAUGAAAUUGGAGGGUUUGGGUAAAAAGAAGGUUGAGAAUGAUAUGGUUUUGAAUCUUCUUGGCGCUGAUCCGCUGCCGGAGGGUUUUGCAGAUUUGGUACAUUAAGCAAAAUUGUGUUUGUACAGUUGUACAAGUUGGAAGCCGGCGACGUGUCGCGACUGCAGACACGUCGCGGCGACACGACUGGUGCCGAGUGACGUACGAGCGCCCGCAGAUCAGUAUUGCCUCUCUCUCACUCGGAACCAACUGCAUAUGGCGCUACUCUACAGUCGGGGUCGAAAUUAUAACAGCGUCAUAACGCCGCGAAGUAACAUCUGCAGUUGUCCUCUGGAGUCGCGACACGUCGCCGGGUUCCAACUUGUACCUUUAGCAGCAUUAGUAGCACAUAAGACAACACAUUAAAAGUAUCUGCCAACUUCUUAAAAAAAAUACAUGUGUCUACUGUUCGCGUUAAAAAACUACACACUAAAUUGUUUUGUGGAGACAAAAGUCUCUUAAUGUAUUUCCGGACCGAUACGACCUUCAAACCUUCAAAAAAGAGCGUCCCUCCCAUCUUAAAUGCCGGCAACGCACUUGCAACCCUCUGGUAUUGCAGGUGUCCAUGGGCGACGGUAAUUAGUUACCAUGGGGAGAUUCGUCUACUCGUUUUCCUCCUAUAUCAUUUAAAAAUGUAAAGCUAUUAGAGAUACUCGUAGGUGGAUAGGUACUUUUGACGCGUAGUCUCAUCUGCUACUAUUGAGGUUAACUAAACAAUUGCCGUCAGUUAUGUAGGAGCGGCCAAUGUGCUUACAAAUAUUUAAACACGCCUCUAAUACCGCGUUAUAGUUGUUCAUACAUUUUUGAGUACCAUGGCUGUUCGGGUACAUCUGUGAUCUGUACCUGGAUGGAUAAAAAAAAACUCAUUCGUAAUUAAUUUUAUAUUCCAUUGUGUUACCAUGGGAUUAGUUAUUGACCAAAAAAAUGUACCCUAAUAUUUCAGAUGCAUGCUGUACAGUCGCCAUUAGAUAUAUCGGAGCGG